CACUGAUCCAGAGUGGAGCAUUGGGACUCUCUCUGCUCUUCAUCCCCUUCCAUGACUUAGAGCCUGGUGAGGCAGGCUCUCUCCAGCAGUAGAACGUGUUUCCAGCCUCUCUCUCUUCCCCUCCUCAGCUUAUGGAACAUGUCCUCUCCGUACUGCAUCUCACUGGGGGAUGUUGAAGCUGCACAGUCAAGUCUCCAUGGCCUUAUCCACCUCACCCCCAUCCUAACCAGUUCCAGCCUAGACGAGUUAGCUGGCCACAGACUCUUCUUCAAGUGUGAGCUCUUCCAGAAGACUGGCUCCUUUAAGAUCCGUGGUGCACUGAAUGCCGUCAGAAGUCUGGUUCGUGCAGCCCAGGGUGACAGAGAGCAGCCCAAGGCUGUUGUGACACACAGUAGUGGGAACCAUGGCCAAGCUCUUGCCUUUGCAGCUAAAGUGGAAGGGAUUCCUGCCUAUGUCAUGGUGCCUCGCACAGCGCCACUCUGUAAGAAAGCUGCCAUCUGCUCCUAUGGAGCCAGGCUGAUAUUAUGUGAGCCCACUGAUGAGUCCCGAGUGUAGGUGGCAGCUCAGACAGUUCAGGAGAAGGAAGGCGUGAUGGUGCACCCAAAUCGGGAUCCUGCUGUGAUUGCAGGCCAAGGCACUAUAGCACUGGAGGUGUUGCAGCAGGUACCCCAGGUAAAUGCACUGGUGGUUCCCGUUGGAGGAGAAGGGAUGGUUGCUGGAAUAGCAGUGGCUGUCAAGGCUUUGAGACCAGACAUAAGAGUAUAUGCUACUGAACCCUGCAAUGCAGAUGACUGCUAUAGGUCAAAGGUGACAGGGGCUAACCUCCACCCCCCAGACACCAUAGCAGACAGUGUUAAAACCAGCAUUGGACCGAACACCUGGCCCAUCAUUAAGGAUUUGGUGGAUGAUGUGCUGACAGUCACAGAGGAGGAGAUCCAGCAAGCAACGCAGCUGGUGUGGGAGAGGAUGAAGCUGCUUAUUGAGCCAACAGCUGGAGUGGGAGUGGCUGCUGUCUCUGAGCAGUUUCGCUCAGUCUCCCAGGAAGUGAAGAAUAUUUGCAUCGUUGGAGGAAACGUAGACCUAGGCUCCCUGGCCUGGCUCAGCCCACCUGGCAACAAGGCAAAUGGAAACUGAUCAGCCUUUAGAGCCACUUCUCCCAUUAGUGAGAAACUGGGCUGUUUCUUAGAGCCUGGUGCUGAGUUUACACAGUGGGGCCUCUGGGAUUUAUUGUAAUAAAAAUCACUACAUGAGCAAAAAA